UCAUGUAAGCCUCUUUCCAUCCAUAGCUGCGUUCAGAUUCUUCACCAGGGUGCACACAGGCAUCAUUCCGUCCUUAUUUAACAUUCGGUAAACAACAAAGAUAAAACGAUAUCUGGGUGCACCCUGGUGGGGAAUAUAAACGCACCCCACAUGCUCCACUCCAACCUGAAAUUGACGGUGCGCGAUGGAAACAGAAGAACUUUGUAGCGUUAAUAUUUUUCCAUUAGUGACGGGUCCGUUCGCAACACAAUGGUCACCUGAUAAUCAGAUCUCGAUAAUUACGGAGAAAGGCGUUCACGUGUUCGAAUUGAUACCUUCGCCUAUGUCGUCGAAUCCAGCUUUCAAAUUUGCUCGUUCUUUCAUAUAUUCUUCCGACACCUUGCCAGCAUGUACAUUUAUAGAUGAGGCAGGCUCCUUGAUAUGGAAUCUGAAGCGCGAAGAGAUUUACUCGCUACUCAUGGAUGAUAUUGUUACACCAAAAUUAGAUGGAGUAAUCGAUAAGUCUCCCAGGAUAGUGAAGGCAGCGUGGUCGCCCAAAAAUUUGAUCUCUCCUAGUCAAUGUGUAUUAGCGAUAUUAAACUCAGCAGGUGCGGUUGAUCUGCUGCAUAAAGUUUCUAACAACUGGUAUUCUAUAUGUGAUGUUUCAUCUCUUCGGCUGAAGAUAGUACAAGAGGAAAUCAAGUCUAGUCUCAAUAAAAGUAAUUUUAAUAAGAAAUUUAGUGAUCAGAGUACAAAGAUAGUUGAGAAUAUAAGAAAAUUACAGGCUUGCUCGAUUACAUGGAGCAAACUUUACAAACUAGGAGAAACUUCUUUUGUGUAUCUUUCUGUAGCCUACUGUAGCGGUGACAUAUUAAUUUGGAAGAUUCCCCGAAUAUCAAAUUUUACAGAAAGCUUGCAGCCUGUGUUUGUUGGUAUAAUAUAUAUGAACAGUACAUCGAAAGUUAAUAUAUCACAUUGGAUCACUGUUGAUGUAAAUGAACAUCUGAUUAUUGUUGGAUAUUCUGAUGGUAGAAUAUGUGGAAUAAAAUUUACAGAUAGUGAUAAUAAUCUACAAAUAACAUUGAUGGAAAAAUAUACCAAUACUGAUCAUAUAGCAAUUAAUUAUUUGUACAUAAUUUCCCAAGAUAAAUCAGAUGUAAAGAUUCUUGCUGCUAAAGGUUCUUUCAUUUUAUUGCUAUGUAUAAGUUUGAUGGGAGAACUGAAAAGUAUGCGACAGUUGCAUGUACCAGGAUUUACUAUUACAGGUGUAGUUCCUAUUGUUGCACAACAAUUCUUGAUCACGACACAGGACAGUCAUAUUUUUGUUAUUGAUACACAAUCAAAUGAUUUAAUUAAUAUCAAUAUUGAAAAUCAUUUGCCACAGACACGCGUUCAAUAUUUAGGACUCGCUCAUUCACUGAAUAAAGUAAUAUUUGUAAAUAUAACUAGUCCAAAUACGGUAUAUGAUCAUUUGGUAACGAGAGAACCAAGUAUAAUGCAUAUAUUUACGUUAAGAGGUACAGCAACAUGUAAUCCAUUAUCUAUUAUUAAUAAUAGUACAAAUCUCAGAAGUGUUUGGGAUUGUAUGGAAAUCCUCAGAUUAAAAGCUGUCAAGGCACAGGAUCCGUGUACGAUACUUUGCCCAAUUCCAAACAAACUUGAAUCGCUGUCACUUUACGAAUUGCAAAUAUCAAUGUGGAUGACAGUAAUGAUGAACGUGUGCACGACAAAGAAACCAAUGCUGAAUAUAGAUCAUAUAAGAGAAUGUAAGAUAACGGAAGCACUUCCAUUUAUUUUUUUACAUUCCGCUUGUACGUAUCUCGAAAAUUCGGCGAAGAAGUGUACACUGUCGGAAGAUCAGACGUUUGCUGUGUUUUUGUUAAGACAGUAUUUGGAGAUAUACCAAGGUAGAAAGUAUGCACUAGUAGACGAAGAUGCACAAAACAAAGACGUAAAUCGACGUAUUCGAGAAAUAUUAAACAUGAUUACAUCCUUUCCAAAUAAAAUUGAGAAAUGCAACAUGUGUGGUGAAGCUAUAGACGGUACGUGGCACGUCAGAACAUGUCCGCGGGGUCACAAGUUACCAAGAUGUUGCACAACAUUAUUGCAAAUAACAUUACUGGAGUAUCGUGUCUGUCCGAUAUGCGGCCAAAUCUUUCACCCGUGCUUAGAAGAUAUGUACGAGGAACCACAGUGUCAGUUUUGUGACGUACCUAUUUUACGCAACUCGUAUGAUUUUGACGCAGAAGACUUGAAAUUGUACGGACGAAAUUUGUCAUUACCGCGAAUUGCCGAAAUCACAGAAUCGACGAGAGAUACGGAAUUGGAAGAUCUAUCAGACAAACAAAAACGAAGUAAAUGGGAUACUUCACAUACGUAUUCUGUAAUUGUGAAUGAUGAUGUCGAUGAAUCUGGUAAAAUUACAGAAAAAUGGAUAGAAUUUUAAUUAUGAUAUUAGACAUUAAUUUAACUUUCCAACUACACACGUAGGUCUGAAAUGUUUUCAACAAAAUAACAUCUAUUCGUAACUGUAAAACAAGCAAAUUUGUUUGAUUCGCCUCUCUAAGAAAAAAUAGAUAGUAAAAAGGACUUGAAUUUUCAGACUCACUACAAAAGAUCAAUAUAUUAGUGAAUACAGUACGUAGAAUGGCACGGAUGUGUUAGAUAUAUAAUGACUUUUCUAUAAGUAUAAAUUUUACUAAUUAUGAAAAAUUGUAAUUAAAAUAUUUCAUUUUAAGAUUUUUAUAAAUCUUCGCUUUCCUAUUUAAUUGUUGCCAAAAAAAUUUAAUUACCGGAUGACGGACAAAGUUCGUUACUUGUUUAAAAGUACAUUAAAAACAGAAUAUUCAAUAAAUGAUUAUUAAAAUAUAUAUGAAAUCUUCAAUUAAAAUAUUGAUAAAUAUUCGAGGGUGUAACCACUCUUGAAUUCUGAUGUACAACCUAUUAGAAGUCCGUUAAAUUCCCUGAAGUCCAUUGAAUUCCUUGAAACCUGAUGAAGUCCAGUAUAAUCUGAUGAAUUCCAUGUGUUAUGUCAUGAAUUUUUGGCUUUUAUAACAAAUUUUUGAAUUUUUGGUUGAAGACAGUUACUAAUUGUUUCGUAUCGUAUAUAGGUUUAAUAUAUUUUUUUACGUGGAACGUAUAAAUAUUAACACAUUUUCUUUUUUAAACUUUUUGUAAAAAUUAUCAUUAGUACAUCCUUUUAACUCAUGAUUCUUUUUCUCUUUCCACUACACACAUGAGUUCAUCAUGUUAGAUACUAUUUUUUGUAUCUUAAAGUAUUAAAAAAA